AGUCUUCUUUCGAGCUUCGCAGCGUGCACACCGCUCCCUCCACUAUUCGAUUCGAUUCGAUCCGAACUAGUAAGCUCCGAACCGAUAUAGUCUCGCAUUAAUUCGCGUGCGCGAGAGUUUGAUACCAAUAUUGCAAGUGUUUUAUUUGAGGAGAAUACCAAGCACUCAAGCAAGAUGACGGUGGAUCUAUCGCCUGUGCAGGAAUACUAUAAGGAUAAGACGAUCUUCAUCACUGGAGCUUCUGGGUUCAUGGGCAAAGUUCUGCUGGAGAAGUUGCUCUACUCCUGCCACUCCCUCAAGGAGGUGAUCAUCAUCUGUCGCCCGAAGCGCGGCAAGGCACCGGAGACGCGUCUCGAGGAGAUGUUCAAGCUGCCCAUCUUCCAGCGCAUCAAGGACGAGCGGCCGGAGAUGCUCAAGAGGGUUACCAUCUACCAGGGCGACGUCACCUUCGACCAGCUUGGUCUCAGCGGGGAGAGCCUGAAGCACGUGACCGAGAACACUAACAUUGUUUUCCACAUGGCGGCCACCCUUAAGCUGGAGGGCAAUCUUCGAGACGCCAUCGACAUGAACUUGCUGGGCACCCGGCGAGCGCUCAACGUGGCCAAGGAAAUGAAGCAGCUUGAGGCCUUCAUCCACUUGUCCACGGCAUUCUGCAACUGCGACCAGGAGGUGAUGUAUGAGAAGGUUUACGAGUUCCCACACAAGCCGGAGGAUCUUAUGCGACUGGCCGAGUGGAUGGACGUGAAGACCCUGGACGCCAUUACGCCGGAUUUGCUAAAGCCGCACCCCAACACUUACACCUACUCAAAGCGCCUGGCGGAGCUUCUGGUGCGCGACCACUACGAGUCCAUGCCCGUCAUCAUCGCCCGUCCCAGCAUCGUAACUCCAGCUGUCGCUGAGCCCUUGCCAGGUUGGGUGGACAAUAUGAACGGACCUACGGGAGUUCUGAUUGGCGCCGGCAAAGGAGUUAUCCGAUCCAUGAUCUGCAACGGGGAGCUAAAAUCAGAAGUCAUACCUGUGGACAUCGCCAUUAACGGCCUAAUCUUGUUACCAUAUCAUAACAGUCUUGCGGAGAAGAGACCUCUUCAGAUCCCAGUCUACAACUUGACCGUGGACGAUGCCAAAAAGCGCACAUGGAAAUGGAUAAUGGAUGUGGGUCGCGACUUGGGCAUUAAGUACCCCUUCGAAGUGGGACUCUGGUAUCCCGACGGCAACAUGACGUCCAGCAAAUUCUAUCACACCAUCUGCACCAUUCUGUUUAUGUGGCUGCCAGCCUACCUUAUCGACUUCCUACUCCUGGUCUUUGGACAACGUCGCUUCAUGAUACGGGUUCAAACCAAAAUCGCUGUGGGUCUGGAAGUUUUGCAGUUCUUUACCACGCGAAGCUGGGACUUCAAAUCCACACACUUUGAGCAGAUCUACAAAGAAUUAGGAUCUACAGAUCGGAGCAUAUUUAAGAUUAACACCGACGAUGUCGACGAUUAUGAGUACAUGAAAGUCAGUAUUUUGGGUGGCCGUCAGUAUGUGAUGAAGGAACCUUUAACUUCGUUGCCGAAAUCCCGCAUACAAUUGAGAUUCAUGUAUGUCCUGGACCGUAUUUGCAAAACAAUGAUAAUUUCAGGCCUUCUGUACUGGGUUUCCCAAAAACUGAGAGUAGUCGACCUAUUUAGAAGCGCAUUCCCUACUAGUACAUAAGCUUCUAGUAAAUAAUAUUAUUUUUCAGUUGAUUUCUUAACAUUUUGUACCUUUUAUUUCAUGUGCCUUUAAGAAAGGGUUUGUUGUAAAUCAGGUCAAAAAUAUUCAGGUGUUUUGUAUACGUAAACUUGUAAUUGCAAGUCGUUGAAAAUAAAAAUUUUAAAACAUUAGGCUACUUGAUUUAAA